AUGAUCCACAACUUCCAAUUCAAGACAAAAAGAUCUGAACCAAGAGAGUACCUGGUAACCUGUGUGGAUGACAAUUGUAACUGGUUACUUAGAGCUUCAAAGUUCAGGAAAACAGAAACAUUUAAAAUCAGAAAGUAUGUAAAAACUCACACCUGCUCCUUGGAUAUCAUUAUGGAAGACCACAGGCAGGCUAAUUGCAAUGUCAUUGGGGAACUAAUAAAAUCAAAAUACAUGUUAAUAAAGAGAGUACACACACCACAUGACAUAAUCAACGACAUGCUAGAUGAUUUUGGUGUUUCAAUGGGGUACCAAAAAGCCUGGAGAGCAAGAGAAAAAGCUUUAGAAUUGGCAAGGGGAAACCAAGAUGAUUCAUACCAAAAACUUCCCAUCUACCUUCACAUGCUAAAAGUCUCGAACCCAGGUACAAUUACACACCUGGUUACAGACAAUACAGAUCACUUCAAAUAUAUGUACCUAGCAUUUGCAAAUUCCAUCAAAGGAUGGAACCACUGUAGGCCAAUCAUUGUGAUAGAUGGAACUUACUUGAAGACAUCAUUUGGGGGAACUUUAUUCACUGCUUCAACAAUGGAUGCUAACAACAACAUAUUCCCAUUAGCCUUUGGAAUAGGAGACUCUGAAAAUGAUUCAUCAUGGUUAUGGUUUUUCACAAAGCUGGAGGAGACAUAUGGAGAAAGAGAAGGUAUGGCAAUCAUUUCAGACAGGCAUAAAAGCAUAGAAAAUGCUAUAGACGAUGUAUACCCAAAAGCUUUCCAUGGAGCAUGCAUAUUCCACCUAUGCCAUGCUCCAACAAGAAGAUAUACAAUGAUGACAUCAAAUAUAGCUGAAUCAAUAAAUGCUGCAUUGAAAGCUGCAAGAACGCUGCCAAUCACUACAAUGAUGGAGGGCCUUCGAAGUUUAGUUCAAAAAUGGGUAUGGAAAAAUGGUAACGAAGCAAACGGAACAUUCACACAAGUAACAACAGAUACUGAAACUGUGCUUAGAGAAAACUUUAUUCGUGCCAUUAAAUUUCAAGUACAUGACAUAUAUUGA